GAGGUUACUUUGGGAAGCCGCGCAGCUUGCUCAUCCCAGCCCCGUAGUUCGGAGGGAGUGUGUCAUGUUACAGGGGAGCCUCGAUCAGCCAGAGCACAACGUCGCCGGAGCAGCUCAGAAUUACCUCUCUCUAAUGGGGACUUUCAUGUGCAAGCUCCUGGCCGGCCUGCGAAGGAACUGAAAUUGGCAGCUUAGAAAGAACCAAAAACCUACACCAAAAAGACUGAAACAUAGGAGGAAAAAAAAAAAUCCUGAUCAGUUACCCCCCCUCUUUGCUGCAGCUGGAUUUUUUUUUUCUGCACCCCUUUUACGUGUGUGUGGUUUGUUGUUAUUUUUUUAAAGGCAACCCCCCAUCCACUUUUGUCAUUAUUGCUUUAAUUUGUCAUCUGCUGGCACCGGGAUCCCCUUGGACGCUCUUUUUCUAUGCCUUCUGGAUUGUGCUUCUUGGACUAGGAGUGAGACUUUAUUUAUUUUAUUUAUUUAUUUAUUGCUUCUUAGGACAGGGAGGGAAUGUUGGAGGAGAAGAGCUGGAAAGGUGUUGGCGAAGCAGCUUUUGACAGGGGGUCUGUGGCUGCCCCCAGGACUGGCGAUGGGGAGAGAUGCUGCCGCCUCCCCCUCCUGCUGGGCUCGGGGCUGCCUGGCAUCUCCCUGCUCUCUCUGGUGCUGAGUCUCCUGCUGUACUUUCGGACCUCUGAUCUGCAGUCCCGGGUAUCCAGCUUGGAAGCAGAUAGACCUACACAGCUCCCUGCCUGGCUCUCAGCAGACCAAAUGGAGACAGCUAUUUUGGGAAGAGUUGACCAACUGCUUGAUGAGAAAUUAAAGUUACACUUGCCAAGACAUCGAGAAGUUCGAGACACACACCAGCGAUGCAACUGCCCAGCAGGUCCACCUGGAGACAAAGGUGCGAUGGGGAUCCCUGGGCGGCCGGGACUAAAAGGGCAACCCGGAGAGAAGGGUGCUCCAGGAGAAGCAGGCAUGUCCAUCAUUGGUCCCCGAGGUCCACCCGGCCAGCCUGGAACAAGAGGCUUUCCUGGAUUCCCGGGCCCUAUUGGCUUGGAUGGCAAACCGGGUCAUCCUGGACAGAAGGGGGACAUGGGUGCUGCAGGUCCCAGGGGACAACCUGGACCCCCUGGACAAAAGGGAGAAAAGGGGCAGUGCGCAGAGUACCCGCACAGGCUGUUGCCUCUCCUCAAUUCAGUGCGGCUGGCUCCACCUCCGGUCAUAAAGAGACGCACUUUCCAGGGUGAACAAGGACAAGCAGGGAUCCAAGGUCCCCCAGGGCCACCUGGCCCCCAGGGCCCACGGGACCGGCUGGACCCAAAGGAACCCAGGACAGCCCGGGCCAAUUGGGCCCGCCUGGCAGAGCAGGAGAACCUGGGAAGCCUGGCAGGGAUGGAAAGGGCUUACCGGGGGCCUCCUGGACCAAAGGGAGACCCUGGGAUUCAGGGAUACCCUGGCAGGAAGGGGGAGAGAGGCAUGCCAGGGCUGCCAGGAAGACAUGGCACUAAGGGCGCUCCUGGGACGGCCGCCGCAGGGAUGAAGGGUGAGCCUGGGACUCCAGGAGAAAAGGGAGAACCUGGAGUCCCAGGAAGGAUGGGCCCACCAGGUUUGCCAGGGAAGAGGGGACAGCGGGGUGAGAAAGGACGAGCUGGUGACCCCGGGCUUCCUGGGCUCCCUGGCAUGAAGGGAGAGAAGGGAAAUACUGAGAAUGCCCUGGUGGGAGGUAAAGGAGAACCUGGUCCUCCAGGUCUGCCUGGGCCCCCUGGACCAAAAGGAGAAGCUGGUGACAUUGGCCGUCCCGGUGCUGCAGGCUCACCAGGGGAAAAGGGGGAACCUGGUUCACCAGGAGAGCAGGGACCCAUGGGCCCAAGGGGCCCCAAAGGAGAGCCUGGGAAGGAUGAGAUUAUGGACUAUGAUGGUAACAUCAGUGAAGCUCUCCAGGAAAUACGAACUUUGGCUUUGAUGGGACCCCCAGGACUUCCUGGUGUGGCUGGACCUCCAGGGCUACCAGGACAGAAGGGUGAAAUUGGCUUGCCAGGUCCUCCAGGCCAUGAUGGAGAAAAGGGACCACGUGGCAAGCCUGGAGAAAUGGGCCCCCCUGGUUUGCCAGGAAGGGAUGGACCACCUGGAAUAAAGGGAGAGCCAGGCCCUGGGGGGGUCACAGGAGAAAAGGGUGAUAAAGGAGAGCCAGGACAAGCUGGCUCACCGGGUCUUGAUGGCCCCACUGGAGAGAAAGGUGAACGAGGUGACCAAGGGAUGCCAGGAUCAUCAGGAUUGCCAGGUCCCAUUGGACUCCCAGGAUUGACAAUAUCUGGGCCCCCUGGACCCCAAGGCCCUCCAGGACCUCCAGGUCUCCAGGGCCUCCCAGGACCGAAGGGGGAAGCAGGGAUUGAUGGAAUGAAAGGAGAGAAGGGUGCCCAGGGUGAAAAAGGAGACCGAGGGCCACUGGGAUUACCCGGUGCUUCAGGUUUAGACGGCAGGCCUGGACCACCGGGCACUCCAGGACCAAUUGGGAUUUCAGGACCAGCAGGACCAAAAGGAGAAAGGGGCAGUAAAGGAGAUCCUGGAGUUGUAGGACCAAUGGGGCCAGCAGGGCUUCCAGGUUUACAAGGUCUUCCUGGUGACAAAGGAAUCCGGGGUCUCCGAGGUUUUAAAGGCGAGAAGGGUGAGCCGGGGUUACCUGGGCUGGACGGCCUGGAUGCCCCAUGCCCAUUGGGGGAAGAUGGCCUUCCAGUUCAAGGUUGCUGGAAUAAGUGAUGAUUCUAACCCUGGACUGGCCUGUGUGUGUUACUGUACAUAGGAUAUUUAUUUUUAUACAGUGUUCUUCUUUGAAAUGCCAAAAGUUAUGCAUUUGCAGAAAUUAUCAAAAGGCUGCGUAUUUUUUGUACAGAAAAUACCACAUCUCCCUUCUUCCCCGUUUGUCAGUUCUCUGUAUAAUUCUAUGUCUGCAUUAAGCUUGUUUUGUCAUGGAGUACAGCUGUAAUAUUUACAUAUUUGUGCACACAUGAUGAAUAUAGGAACUUAAUAAAUUAUUGCAUUAAAAGUGCCCAGAGGAACUACUGCCCUGUAUAGAUUUAAAAGGUCAUUUUCAUUUUUCAAGCUGGAAUAAUUCAAGACCAUUUCAAAAUACUGCGUUUUUUUUAUUAAAGUGAAAUACUCAACAUUUUGUGAUUCCUAAAUUGCUGGAAAAAUUCACAGUAGCCACUGAACACUGGGAAUAGAGGUUCUGUGAGCAGUAAUUAUCAAACAAGGUCUCCCUCUGUUGAUCAGAUUCAGGCAGCCAAGCGCAGCCCCCGCUGGCUCCUCUAGAGGCUGCUCCUUGGCCGUGCAGGAGCACCCACACCUUCCCAUGGGGCCGUGGAAUUGACGUGUACAAACAGAACCUCUUGGUCUCCUGCUUCUGGCUAAAGCAGAGCACCUCCCAUGAGCUGGAAAUAAUGAUAAGUUAAAAAGAGCACCUCCAAUGUGCUGGAA